ACAAAACGCUCUCGGGCGGAUGCUUUGCUUGUGAGCCAUGCCUCGAUCUUUCUUGCGGGUCUCGGCCCUUUGCAAGUGUGCCGGUGACCGGGACGCCCGCCCGCGCCUCCCUGCGCCGACCGCAGGCAGCGAUGGGGAGGGCUGGACGGAGCACGCCUGAGCAGGGGGAACGCCUGAUGCCAGGAUGGGUUUUCCCGGGGACCGCCUUCGUGGGGGCACACCGUCUCUUGGGUCUGUGCAGUCUGGGCUUACCCGGCAGCCUGCAGGUUUUCACCUCAGCAGGCUUUGUGCUGGUUUUCUGGAUGGCCCAAGAUGAAGGGAAUGAACAUACUUCAGAACUUCAAGUCUCUGAAGAAGAGGAGGUCUCUAGGAGCAACCUUUGUCCAGGCAAUGGGACAGAGAAGAAGGAAGUGGAGCUUCUUUCUUUCGUGACAUCCACAAAACGUGCAGCCCAGACCCUCCAAGAGCCCUGCAAGAGUCGUGAAAAGCCGCAGGUAACCCCACCGCCACUUAGGCGGCGCCGCAGGCGGUCCGACGUGCCAGCUUCAGGGGGUUACAUCAACGUCCUGGGCCUCCUAGAACCGCCAGCCCCCACUUCAACCCGCAGCAUGCCAGAGAAGCCGUUUCGUUGCACCGAUUGCGGGAGGAGCUUCUCGCAGAGCUCCAACCUGAUAGAGCACCAGCGAAUCCACACGGGGGAGCGCCCGUUCACCUGCAGCGAGUGUGAGAAGAGCUUCAGCCGCAGCAGUACGCUUGUGGAGCACCAGCGCACACACACGGGUGAGAAGCCUUACAUGUGCAUGGAGUGUGGAAGGGGCUUUACUCGCAGCUCCACCCUCACGGAGCACCAGCGCACCCACACCGGAGAGACACCCUUCCCAUGCCGGGAGUGUGGGAAGGCCUUCAGCCGCACCUCCAACCUCAUGAAGCACUUGCGCACCCACUCGGGCGAGAAGCCCUACACCUGCGCCCUUUGUGGGAAGCGCUUCUCCCUCAGCUCCAACCUCCUCAAGCACGAGCGCACCCACUCGGGGGAGAAGCCCUUCCCCUGCGCCCUCUGCGGGAAGCGCUUCAAGAAGAAAACCCACCUGGUGUCCCACCAUCGCGUGCACACCGGGGAGCGGCCCUACCGGUGCGAGGAGUGCGGGAAGUGCUUCUCCCAGAGCUCCAUCUUGAUUGAGCACCAGAGAAUCCACACUGGUGAGAAACCCUACAAAUGUGCAGACUGUGGGAAGAGCUUCUGCGUGAGCUCCAACCUAAUCAAGCACCAGAGAAUCCACACAGGCGAAAAGCCAUAUGCCUGCUUAGUCUGUGGGAAGGCCUUCCGUUACAAGCCCCAAUUCACCCGUCACCAGAAACAGCUGCAUCCAGAGGAGAAACCGUAUAAGUGUUCAAAGUGCGGGAAGAGCUUUUCGCAGAGCUCUGUGCUCAUAGAGCACCAGCGAAUUCACACUGGGGAGAGGCCCUUUGUGUGCAACGUUUGUGGGAAACGCUUCUCCCAGAGCUCCACCCUGAUGGGGCACCAGAGAAUCCAUACUGGGGAGAAACCCUUUGCCUGCCCAGAGUGUGGGCGGGGCUUCAGCCGCAGCUCCGCCCUGACAGAACACCAGCGCACCCACACUGGGGAGACACCCUUCCCGUGCCAGGAGUGCGGGAAGGCCUUCAGUCGCACCUCCAACCUCGUGAAGCACUUGCGCACCCACUCGGGCGAGAAGCCCUACACCUGCACCCUCUGCGGGAAGCGCUUCUCCCUCAGCUCCAACCUCCUCAAGCACGAGCGCACCCACUCGGGGGAGAAGCCCUUCCCGUGUCCCCUCUGUGGAAAAUGCUUCAAGAAGAAGACACAUUUGGUUUCACACAAUCGUGUGCACACCGGGGAGCGGCCCUACCGGUGCGAGGAGUGUGGGAAAUGCUUCUCUCAGAGUUCAUCCCUGAUUGAGCACCAGAGGAUCCACACUGGUGAGAAGCCCUACAAAUGUGCCCAGUGUGGCCGAGGAUUCUGCGUCAACUCCAAACUGGUCAAACAUCAGAGAAUCCACACGGGUGAGAAACCCUAUGCCUGUUCGGCCUGUGGGAAAACUUUCCGAUACAAGCAGCAGUUCCCCCGCCAUGUGGCCCACGUCCACCCUGGGGAGGACCAGGUAUCUGUGCUCACCUUGGGCACCAGCGUCAAUAUGAUACUCUCAUAGAGCCUAGAUCAGCCCCUGGCCUUUGGACAUCAGAUCCUCAGGAUGUUGAUUCCAGUGAAAGGCAUACGUGUGCCAAAUUCAGUUGGGCUAUGAACCGUCCCAUCUACCAUCUUGUUGCUGAGUUACUGAGCAGGUCCUGGGACCUCUUCAAGAUACUUCUAGUUGCAUAAUUAUAGUCAGAGUGGGUGGCCUGCCUUUUUGAUGGCAAGUUUCAUCCUCAUUUAGAAGAGCUGCUUCCUGAUGGUAAUGGUGGUUCUUUUAUUAGCAUACGUAGUGUGUCACUGGGAAACAGAGACUGAAUAAACUGAGGUCACUUUGUUUCAGGGGGUACCUAUACUAGUGUAUUUACAGUCACACCGAGGGGGCCACCAAUGUGAGAUCUUUUUUCAGAGGGGAAAUACCCACUAUCGCAAGAAUUCUGUUGUUGUAGUACAUUAUCUUAUGAGGAGUACAAAACCCAACAUUGUUCACUACUGAUGCAGUGAUUCCCCUGCAUUAUGGUGUUUAUGGUAUCAGCCAGCAUUCCCUUGGCUGAAAGUGUUGGCCUUUCUGUUGUGUUUUGAGGGAAGGCGACAUGAUAUGUGAGGAUCUUAUAUUUUUUAGUCUCUGCAGUAUUGCCUAAGACAUGCAAAUGUGUAUUUUCUUGGCCUUGUCUUCUUUUUUAAAAAAUCUGAAGGACAGGCAAAAUAAUAUUAUGAGGUUCUUUUUCUUAGGAUAUUUACAGUAUUAUCUAGGAGACAGCCAAUUAAUCUUUCAGGAGAGUUUUCUUAUACUCAUUAUUGUGGAAUUCCUUCAGAUACUGCAUUUAUGAUAUCAGCUGGAGAAAAGCUGCAAACCAGCUCCAGUUUAAAGCUCCAGAUAGUACUGAGACUGACCUUUUGUUGGUCAGAUAAUCCUUAUAGAGCCACAAUAUGACAUCUUGUGGAAGGCCAUCUUGUCUGAGAGCAAAGGCAUUUUGAUAUUGCUGGAAAUUUUAAAUAAUGAUAGCCUCCAGGUGCUGCCUGUCAGUGUGGAAUCCACCUUAGUAGACCAGGGAUGGGCAAACCCGGCCCUCCAGCUGUUGUUGAACCACAACUCCCAUCAUGGUGAACUACAACUCCUGAUAACAGCUGGGGGGCUAGGUUUGACCACCCCUGUAGUAGACCAUUCUUCUAGAUCCUUCUGGAAGCAUCUAAUGGCUCACUAGCUGUCAGGAACUCUAUAGAAUUGGUCUCCUGAUAACUUGUACCUGAUCCAUUCCCGGUUUCAUGCUGCUCUUGGCACUCUUAAUGUUCAGUGCACAUCAGAAGAGUGCUCUGUAGCAGAAGCUUUCUUCUUCUUUGUGAGGCAUCUCGUGUAUAACUACAGGUGUGGCAGGAUGGGAACCUCCUAGCAGACAUGUAAGUGCUAGAUGGACAGGGUUGCCAGAGUUAUGUGUAAAGGAGAUUGAUCCAGCCAAGUUGAACAUAACUUUAAACAUAAGCCCCAUUAAUUUCAAUGGCAGAAUUCCCCCACUAAAAUAAUUGGGCAUUUAAUUAACAUUGGCAGGAUUGUGCCCAUGCUUAGUAUGACUGAGCAUUCCUUCCCUUUUCUAAAUGGACUACCUUGAGGAAAAACUCAGAUCCCAAGGCUAGCUUGGGCAAGAGCCCAUCCUUUAUGAACUGUGUUAGUUCUCAGUGUGGAAGUUGUUGUCAUUUUCAGCAGUGAACUUCCUUGAAUCAACUGUGCGUUCACAGGGGCCAGAAUUUCAUUUAUAAGGAUUAGGAUGGAAAAGCUGUUGAAUGAAGAACAGGUACGUGGACCCUAAAUUAGGACUGGGCAAACAUGGUCCUCCAGAUGUUGUUGAACUACAACUCCCAUCAAUUUAUUGUGGCUGGGAAUGAUGAGAGUUGCAGUUCAACAACAUCUGGAGGGCCAUGUUUGCACAGCCAUGUUCUAAAUACAUUUACCUGAAAGCCAGCUGCACUGAAGUAGAUUGGAUUUAGAUAGGCCGGUGUGGUCUGUGCCUUGUGGUGGUACUUAGUAUAUCUGGACUGUGAAUACUGAAACCACUCCCAAUGCUUAAAUAAAACCCAGCUGAAGGAACACUUACAAGGAAGUGAACUACGGGUUUGGCACACUCACUUUGGCGAAACUGAAAGAAACAAUAGCAGGACAAACAUUUCCUGUAUGAAUACUGAAGUUUCAAAAAGGUUUAUUGGGUACACCAGUACUGUGAGGUAUCUUCAUAUAUAAUCAGAGCUUUCUGAAGAUACUUUUGCUUCCCCAAGUGACUGCACCACAGUCUAAGUUAUAUUUUUCUGUGCAUAGUUCCAGAAUUGUUCCCUAGCGCUCUUCCUUUUCAAGGACUCACUACUGCUGUGGUGCCCAAAAAUCUUGCCAUCUUGCCAAGCUACUAAGUUAAAUCAGCCCUGCACAUAACACAGAAGUGUAUCUACUUUCACCUGUCAAACGUUGGAGGGUGGGUGCAGAUAUACUAUCUUGUGUCACUUACAUAUUGUGUAUAUGAGAGUAACACAGAGAAUGCAGAUUCAUUCUCACACAUCCAGAGGCCCUGAGGUUAAGAUGACAAAGACGUCCAUUCUGUUGUUGAUUUCAGGAUGGUUUUCUGCGGCAUUCCACUGCUUCAUGCAUAUAGCUCUGUGCUGUCAAUUGUGAGGAACAAAAAGUCUGUUCAUUUGGGAUCUCCUGAUUUUUAUUUGCAAAUCCAGACAGGCACAGCAGAUUUGUAAGCAAAUGUUAUUGUUGGCAACCAGAGUCAGUCAAUCAAUCAGUAGUUUUACAAAAGAGAAUAUAUGCCACAUGCAGCCCAGUUAGACAAAAGACUAUGAACUAAUUUUAAAAAAUAAGACAAUUCCUAUAACAGAUGUGAGGUUAUUUAAAUUUAAAUGUCACCCAAAUGUUUGUUGCAGCCCCUGGCCAAAACCCAUGGAAUAUUGAGCCAAACAGUUUGCAUCCAAAUGUUUGUGUUGAUAACACAGUUUUUUUUUCUGGGAAUCCAGAAACAAAAGCCUUAUUUUCAUUUCUGCUGGCUCUGUUAAUAGGGAGCAAUAAAAUCAAUCACUUUCCUAUGUUAAUAUGUUGUUACAUAGUGUGUAUCUUUGGAAGAAGAGUGAGCAAAAGAUUGUACAGAAUAACUGCCCCUUUGUGUGUAAUAGUUUGUACUGACCGUGUUCAAGAUUAACUGUGAAUGUUUGCUUUCCUCCAUUUUUCUCUGUAGUGGCUCAUUAAAAACCAUAAACAUU